AGGCUGUCCUGGGAGAGACCACUGCGGGCGAGGGGGGCAGAGGGUUCCGGUAGCCGGUGCGCGGCCGCAGCUGACGGCGGUGCCGGGAUAGCCGGGAUAACCGGGACACCCCGCGGGCCCCCAGCCGGUGCCGAUGCCGAGGAGCAGCUGACGGCGGCGGGGACGCGGAAAUGGAGCCGCGGCCGGGCCGGGCCGUGCGGGCGCUGUGCGGCCUCUUCCUCCUUCUCCUCCUCCUCGUCCUGCAGCAUCCCGGGCGCGCCGAGCGGGCCCCCGGCUCCCACCUGGACGACUCGGCCAUCGCAGAGUUCUGCCGCAUUGACAAGGCCCUAUGCCACGAUGAGGACGAGCAGCUGAGCUUCGAGGCCGUGCGCAACAUCCACAAGCAGAUGGACGAUGACGCCAACGGCAACGUGGACGUGGAGGAGAGCGACGAGUUCUUGAGGGAAGACUUGAAUUACCAUGACCCAGCAGUCAAGCACAGCACUUUCCAUGGAGAGGACAAGCUCAUCAGUGUGGAGGACCUCUGGAAGGCCUGGAAAACAUCAGAAGUGUACAACUGGACGGUGGACGAGGUGGUGCAGUGGCUCAUCUCCUACGUGGAGCUGCCCCAGUACGAGGAGACCUUCCGCAAGCUGCAGCUCAGCGGCCACGCCAUGCCCAGGCUGGCAGUGAACAACGCCACCAUGAUGGGCACGGUGCUGAAGAUGACCGACCGCAGCCACCGGCAGAAGCUGCAGCUCAAGGCUCUGGACACGGUGCUCUUUGGGCCUCCUCUGUUGACUCGUCACAACCACCUCAAGGACUUCAUGCUGGUGGUGUCCAUCGUCAUCGGCGUGGGCGGCUGCUGGUUCGCCUACAUCCAGAACCGCUACUCCAAGGAGCACAUGAAGAAGAUGAUGAAGGACCUGGAGGGUCUCCACAGGGCUGAGCAGUCUCUCCAUGACCUGCAGGAGAGGCUGCAGAAGGCGCAGGAGGAGCACCGUUCUGUGGAGGUGGAGAAGGUGCACCUGGAGAAGAAGCUGCAGGACGAGAUCAGCAUUGCCAAGCAGGAGGCACACCGGCUGCGGGAGCUGCGCGAGGGCACCGAGAACGAGCUCAGCCGCCAGAAAUACGCUGAGCAGGAGCUGGAGCAGGUGCGGAUGGCGCUGAAGAACGCGGAGAAGGAGCUGGAGUCCCACUGCAGCUGGGCUGCCCCCGAGGCCCUGCAGAAGUGGCUGCAGCUGACCCACGAGGUGGAGGUGCAGUACUACAACAUCAAGAAGCAGAACGCAGAGAAGCAGCUGCUGGUGGCCAAGGAAGGGGCUGAAAAGAUCAAAAAGAAGCGAAACACCCUUUUUGGGACGUUCCACGUCGCUCACAGUUCCUCUCUGGAUGAUGUGGAUCAUAAAAUCCUAACUGCAAAACAAGCGCUGAGCGAGGUGACGGCGGCGCUGCGGGAGCGGCUGCACCGCUGGCAGCAGAUCGAGCUGCUCUGCGGCUUCCAGAUCGUCAACAACCCCGGCAUCCCCUCGCUGGCCUCGGCCCUCAACAUCGACCCGGGCUGGAUGGGCACGCCCCGGCCCAACCCCUCCCACUUCAUCAUCACCGACGACGUGGAUGACCUGGACGAGGAGCUGGUGUCGCCCAUGUCCAUGCAAUAUGCAGCCUGGCUUUUCGGGCGCAGGUUCAGCGACCGCUCCUCGCUGUCCUCGGAGGAUCAGUCCCUCUGGAAAUACCCUGCUCCGGCCUUGCCCAGCACAGUCCGGCAGCGCCUGGUGGAGCCGCAGCACGGCCACGGAUCGCAGAGGUUGGUAGAGAGUCUCGUGCCGGGGCAGCCCGAGGCGGGCCCCGUGGCCCCGCUGCGCGCGGGCCGAGUGUCCCUGCGCCGAAUGCACAGCCUCACCUCCGGACAGUCCUUCGGCUCCGACCCGCCCGGCUCCAGCCCAUCGCCUGCCUCCACCUCCUCCACCUCCUGCUCCUCAUCCGCCACCACCGCACCUGCUCCUGCUUGCCAUGUCCACCCUAUCUAUUACCAUCACACCACCUCUUAUUUCCUCCAGAUGGAUUCCAUCCCCGACCUGCCCCCUCCUGAUGUCACCUCUGGAGUUCGCUGUCGCACUGGGAGCUUUGGAGAUUUAACUCGCUGCGACUCCGACUCCUCCAUCCCGCACCUGAGCGACCACCAGCGUAUCCCCAGCUCGGCGCCCAAGCUGCUGGCUGCCCGGCCCACGCUGCUGACCAGGUCCAUGGAGGAGGCUGUCCCCGCGCCCCCGGGCCCCGGCGCGCCCACGCCCAACGGCGGCAGCCGGCACGGGGAGCCCUCCGCCCUGGCGGCCUUGCAGGAGCGGCUGCCCGAGAGCCCCAUGGCGAUGAAGAAGAUGAUGACGGUGAACCACGGCAUGGAGAAGUCCUCCAGCCUGGGGGAGAUCAGCCACCACCCGACGGGCGGCAAGCCCAGCCACUCGGAUUCGUCCCGGUCGCACAGCCCCAGCUCCACCGACCCCGACACCCCCUCCCCCAUCUCUGACUGCCGGCCCAGCGGCGCCAGGAACACCCGCAUCCCGCAGCUGGCCGCCAAGAAGAGCCCGGGGGACGAGGACAGCAGCCUGACGGGCGACGAGGUUGACCUCGGCCAGAGCAAGAAAAAGUUCCCCCUAAAGAUCUUCAAGAAGCCCAAGAAGUAGGGGGGGAGCCCCCCGGACGCGUCCCGCCGGGCCCGGGGCCGGCCGUGCACCGGGAACGCAGCGCGGCCCCGGCUCCCUCCGCUCCGCGAGUCACCCCGGCGCCGGCACGGGAGGAGCUAUUUAAACUUAUUUAUUUCCUCAUCUCCGAGACGAGAAGCGCGACGCCGCCGGCUCCCCGCGAGAAGAGCCGCCCCUGCCCUCCCUCCGACCGCUGCGGUCCCGGCUUUGCUGUGCAUGGCUUCCAGUUACUCCUGCUCUGCUCAGCCACGCGGCCUUUGGGUUUGGUUUCAAUGUGGUUUUAUUUUUUUUUUUUUUAAUUUUAUUUUUUAUUAUUGUUAUUGUUUUCCUGCCUCCUCCGACUUUUGCACAGGCUGAGGGCGGGCCGGGGCCGCUCGGCGCUGCCCCCGGGGUGGCUCCGCUCGCAGCGGUUCUCUCUCCCUCAUUGCUCCGAGUCACUUUCCCAGCCUGGCUGCGCCCCUGGCAAGGGGCUCCCGUCCCGAGCAGCUCUCGCUGCGCAGGAGCAGGGGAGGACUCUGCCCUUGCCGCCGGUACUUGUGUGCUCCCGGUGCCGCCGGGGGCCGCGGGGACGGGGCUGUCCCCGCACUGCCCUGCCCGGUGCCCGGGGAGGUCGGGACACGGGGCAGGGACACGCCUGGCCCGGCUGUGCUUCCCCGGUGCCCUGCACUGCUCCAAACCCAGCGUGCCCGGGACCCGGCUGGGGACCCUGGUGACAGGGACAGGGAGGGA